AUGCUCGAGGUCGAGCAGGUCCCCUGGGCUAGGUGCCUGAAAGUGGUGGUGCCCAUUAACAGAUUCAACUUUCUCACCCAGAGCUUGGGCAUGUACGCGUUCCUGUCAAUCUCGGUCCCGGAGUUCCAGAUACUGAAGAGCAUGACGAUUGUGAUGGUGUUGGUUUUCGCUUGGCUCCUCGUCACUGAGAAGGUGAGCAGGCUCCUGGUCUGCUCCGUCCUGGUGAUCGCCGGCGGCGUCUGCCUGUCGGCCGCCUACGGCAACGACUCGAAGGUCGGCGGCGGCCACAGCGCUACCAACACCCUCAUCGGCGUGGUACUGAUGCUGCUGGCCAGCACCUUCGAGGCUACCAAGACCGUCAUCAGCCAGGUCCUGAUGGAGAAGAUGCCGCUCUUCGACGGGAUCUACCACUCCAGCCCCGCGUUCGUGCUCCUUGCCGCCGUCUUCGUGGGCUGCAUGGAGGCAAAACAUAUUUACCACUACGAGGUCAGCGGCUCGGUCGUGGGGCUCCUGGCCGCCAACGCGAUGGCCACCGGCGUCAUCGUGCUCUCCAGCUUCUGGUUCUUGAAGCUGGCAGGGGCUCUCAGCUCUCACGCUGAAGGUCGUCACGUAUGCGCGCUCCAUCGGCCUCAUGUGCUCGAUGUUCUUCUUCGGGGAGUUCUGCAGCGUCCCGCAGUACGUAGGCAUCACGGUCAUCCUGACGGGCAUGGGCAUGUUGGACUACGCGAAGCCGGUCCUGAAGGACGAGGCGACCACGGCCGAGACCAAGUCCUAGGCAAAGAUACUACAUUACCACGUGCCGCGCGCGCAAUCUCGGGCCUUCUCGGAAUUCGUGCGAAAUGCACGUUUGCCUGA